CCCCCCAGGUUUUACACUUGCUCUUGAUUUUUUUGAGAACAUCUUUUCAAUUCAAGUAUGGUAUUACAGGACUGUUACUAGAGGAAUUGUAUCGAACAGAGUUGUGGUUGUCAUCGUCGAAAUAAAUCGGUUCGAAGAUGAAAGAGUGAAGAUCACAGGCAUUUUCGCAAGUGACAGCAACAUGCUCCUUCGAAAGCAUAUUGGUCGGAAACUGGCGGAGUAUUACGCCCAGCCAUCACACAAGGUAGUCGGCCGAUCCUUGGAAUUAGAGUCCGCAAGAGCAAACAACAAUAAUGGGCAAUUGCUCUCGUCGCUAAUGGGAGAAUGGCACUGGAAACRUGUUUUUCAAAAAAUCUACGAAGAGCGAGAGGGACACUGGCUGACACCGGUGGAGCUUUUUCAGCCUCAUUAUUCGUAUAUCCUGGGGGACUUUUGCGCUCAUUUCUACGAACGGAUGGAAAAGAAUAAAAGUACUAUCAGCCGCAACAGCAGGAACGAUCGACAUCCUAAUUUAAACAUUGAAACAAAAUUUGAAAUAGUAGAACUCGGUGGUGGGAGAGGAACGAACGCCAAAUGGAUCCUCUCGUAUCUCCAAGAAAACAAACCAGACGUAUACUCCGCGCUGAUAUCCUACACCCUGGUAGAUUCCAGUCGAUCUCUACACCAGACACAAAAGGAGCAAUUAACAGAGGGGCCUCACGCCGAAAAAGUGCGCUUCGAGUUGAAGGAUCUUUCGGAUGUCGCAGAGGGAACGUGAGUGUCAAUCAAUGUGCCGAUAAAGGCAGAAAAUCUGUUGCUUGCUGCUACUGUUGUUCCUGGUAAAGUGAAGCCUUCGAUGCGAUUGGCCUGUGAUGUCAUGACCAAGCUUGGGUCGAUCCUAGUAUUAGUUGGGACAUACUUACAUAUCUUCAUAUUGUGCAUCUUAUUCCUCUCUGUUGCACAAUAUUUUUAGCAUUCCUUUGCUCUCGAAAUCAACUGUUCCGACGGUGCUAAUGGGAAUGGAAGUACUCGACAACCUACCACACGACAAAAUCAGGGGGAAAAUACGGCACAAACUAGAACAAGCCGAGGUAUCGAGUCCCAUAAAUGAUUCCAAACAAUCCCAACGACUUCGAGAAAAGUUUGUUCCCUUAAGCGAUCCCUUGCUUAAGAGGAUCCUUCGACUAGUACCGAGCUAUUACACAAUACAAAAAGAAGAAGUUUUACAGCCGGACGCGUGCUGGGUUCCAACUAUAGCAUGCGGCGUCUUGGAUCAUGUCAUCAAUCAACGUUCCAAUCUUGGAUUAGUGAUGGCUGAUUUUGACUGGCUUCCACCUCCCGAUUUGGAUAUAACCACGAACUUUGACGAAGAGGAUGAUAUUUUGUUGUUGUCAAAAGACAAAAAGAAACAAAUCGCACUGAAGGAGACUCUGGCUAGAGGAUCGCCUAUUGUUACUGACAUGGAUGGAAGAGACCAUGAGUCCUAUCUUUCUGCACCUUCACAUUGUGAUAUCUUGUUCCCCACUGACUUUCAAAAGCUGGCSUCGUUUGCAAAACGAUCUCUCUCUCUCACCGAAGCAACAGCGGCAAACACACCCAGACCAUCGCAGGUGGUUCGUGUUGAAAAGCAAUCACAAUUUUUGGAACGCGUCGGAUUUGGACACGUUUCUAAAACACGGAGCUGGUUGACUGGCCACACGCCGCUUCUGCAUGAUUUUUCCAACUGUUCUGUCUUGACAAUUUCCCCAGUGGAAUGUACGAAGGACUCUCUAGAAAUUAGAAGAGAUUGCAUACCAUGAAAUAAGCGCCAAACACUGAU